AGCGCGCACGAGGAACGAAAAUCAGUGACGAGGGACGUUUUUCGGCUCGCGCGCUUUUCCGACGCGACGAGUAGCGCUGCCCACACCGGACGCACCGGACGCUCGCGCCACCUUCGCCUCGCGACACCGUGCUGCAGGACAUGCGAUGAAAUCGCCUAAGAAACAUGACGGCAAGUAAUGACCAAAAGUCUGAGUGCGAGGAAGGACCAGUGGAUUUCGAGCGGGCGAUCCUACUCACAGGCAAUGGGAAAUUCAAUUACUUGGUCCUGCUGACGUUGCUGCCCGUAUGUUGGGCCAACUUCUAUGCCUCGACAUCGAUAUCCUACGUCCUGCCGUCGGCGGAAUGCGAGCUCAAACUUAGUAUGCUCGACAAGGGUCUGCUCAACUCCAUGUCUUUUGCAGGUAUGAUUAUAACGUCAUUUGUAUGGGGUUUUAUUGUGGAUGCAUUUGGUCGCAGAAAAAUCAUGGUAUACGGUUAUCUUUGUACUGCCAUUUGUACUUUAGCCACUAGUUUUAGUCCUGCGUCUUGGCAGUUGAUCCUCUUCAAAUUCGUGGACGGUAUUGUUAUAUCCGGUCCAUACGUUGCCUUACAAUCGUACAUGGCUGAGAUCCAUAGCGAACAUCUCAGAUCUCAAAUGUACAUGUGGAUGGGUAUGUUUUUUGCUCUCGGCAACAUCUCCCUAUCGUGUCUAGCUUGGUUAAUUAUUCCUCACAAAUGGCAAUGGAGCAUCAUCGACGGGUGGAUCGAACUUACAUCGUGGAGGUUAUUUCUUGCUUUUUGUACGAUACCAGGUUUGCUUGCGAGCUUCGCUUUGUACUUUUUACCAGAAAGUCCGCGAUUUCUCAUUGCCAAAAAACGUCAUGACGAUGCACUCGGGGUCUUUAAAAAGAUCUACGCAAUUAACACUGGAAAAAAUCCAGAUACUUACCCUGUUAAGUAUCUCGAAGAAGAGGAAUCGAUAAAAAUAUCGGGAAUUAGCUUUAAGCAAACUCUUAUCGGUAGUCUUAAGCAAAUACAACCAAUUUUUCUACCACCAAAUGCUGUUACUCUCGUAUUAACAGCUUUCAUACAAUGCGGAGCGACAAUAGGGUCAAAUACUUUGAGGCUUUGGAUGCCUAUGCUUUUUUCAAUGAUUGAAACCUAUGACCAUUUACAUGCAGAUGGACCAACCACUAGCAUGUGCAAUAAGAUCGAUGAGGUGAUAUUUAAGAACGUCACAGUUAUGCAAAACGAAACGUCCGGCGAUAUUCCUGAAUGUACAGAAAAUGUGGUCAAUGCAACUGUGUAUAUCAAUUCAAUUGUGAUCUCGGUUGCAUCAUUUAUAGGAUACCUGAUUGCCAAAAAUCUAGUCAAUAAAAUCAGCAAGAAGAUUUUAAUGGUCGUAUGCUUCAUCGGGGCUAGUGCUUGCUGUGGUAUUCUGUAUUGGGCGGAAGAUUCUAAUGGAAUCCUCGCUAUAUCGUCGGUAUUCGUGGCGCUAUCGAGUAUCGGUGGGACAAUUGUAAAUAACGUUGUUGUUGAUACGUUCCCCACGGCUUUAAGAACUAUGGCUCUUAGUGUGACGAUGGUUGUAGGCCGCAUGGGGGCUGUUGUUGGAAAUUUAUUAUUUCCCGUCCUGUUCACUCUGGACUGUUUAGGUCCUUUUAUUAUGAUAGGAUCUGUUUGCUUAAUGUGUGCAACGUUAGUGUUGGUUUUACCACGGGAAAAGUUAUAACUGGAAAAAUGAGUCACUUUAAAACCGACAAUCAAAGAACAAUCACUUAGAUUUAAGAAAUGAACAUUACACGUUAUUGAAAAGAGUGUAUUUUGCGAAUAUUUUUUUACGAAAGCGUAUUUUUCGUGCGAUAUUUUGUA